AUGGAUUUAGAAACACUGAAACAUGGGGCACAUAGUGAUCAGAUACAUGAAAUUCUAAGGCAAUUAGAGACCUGUACCAAUGAGCCAGUAAAUCUCGAGACCUCGAUGGUCCUCAUCAAAUUCGUCCUUCCCGUAUAUCCAUCGCUGCCGGGAAACACUAAGGUGAUCCUCAGACGGCUAGUUUCUAAGUCGUUUACGUUUUUAGCGCACUUGAUAACUUUCUCUACAACACUAGAUCGUCGCGGUGGGAUGAAUGAGAUUCGCAUAUAUCAAGAGUUUUUGAAAGACGUUAUUAGUCUUGAGCAAGGAUGUUUGAGCUGCUACAUAAAGACAUGCGCUGCUAGUAACGUGAACCGUAAUAGCGUCAAGGCUUUUUUUUUUGGAAGUAAGAUAUUUAAUUUGUUGGCCAGCCAAAUUGACAUAGCUAAAUACCUGGAAUAUUUACGCCUUCAGUGGAAAUUUGUUCUUGAGAACGACAAUAUCAAAACAAAUUCAGACGGAUUCCUAGGUGAAUGGCUAUUGUCGACUUUUCUUCUCAGUCCUGCAUUAGCAACUGACAUAUUCAUGGACGAAUUAUUCUUACUUGAAGAAAACUAUUUUUCUUCAUUCCAAAAAAUAGUAUCAAGUAGUAGUCCCUUAGUGCAAAGGAGGCUUGUUACUAAGUUCCUAAUACCAUAUGUCCAAGCACAUUUAACUGAAGUAAACAUAAAUGAUGUUAGGAAAAUUCUAAGGCGGUUUGACCUUGAUAAAAUCAUGAGUCUAACCGUACUGCUGGAAAUACAGUCUCUACCUCUAAAGGAAAUAAUAGUUCGUUCGAUAGAUAAUGGUACUUCUGUGAAAACCGCGAAUGCAUUGGUUAAUCAAUUCGCAGAUUUUGCUGACGAGGACAGAGAUGCAAAAAUUUGCGAAUUACUUGUGCUGCUCACGGUUUAUAACCUGAACAAGAAUCAGAAAGAAGAAAUAUCACAUAGCGGCCAAUUUUUAAAUGGUGUAACGAAGCAUUUGGGCAGCAACGAACGUGAGGCAAGAGAAAGGGCCAUGUUUAUUGCUAAGCUUCUAUCCGAUAAUGAGUUAAAGUACGAAAGUGAUUUCAAAAUCGAUGUGCCAAAUUUGAAGUUCGAAAGCAACAGUGAUGACGAAAUCAUCGACUUCAAAUCUCUGAAAACCCCAUCAGUAUUCAAUACCCACAUUGAGGAAAAGAACAAUAAAGUUAUAGAGAUCUCGGGCCGUGUUCAAUCUCUUGCAAUGGGUGACGGUGAUAGUGAUGACGAAAAUGAUGAUGAUGAUGAGUGCGUUAAGCGGAUUGUAUUUUUGAAAGACUUAAUGAGAGAGUAUGAACAUACUGGUGAAUCUCGGAAAACUCGAUUAAUACCGCUUCUGAAGCAAACAGUAAAAUUGGUACGGCAAAAGACAGAUUUCCCAUUAGAAGUUGGUUAUUAUGCUCAGGGAAUUUUGUCAAGCCUAACGUGCUUAAACAAUGAAUUCGAUGAAUCGCUUUUCGAACAAUGGAGAAUCAAUGCCUUAGUAAGCGUACUAGUCGUUCUUCCAGCAAAGGUAACCGAUGCAAUAAAGAUCCUUUUUAAUUCGGAGCUUUCAUUACAGCAAAGGAUGUCAUUAUUAUCUGCGUUAGGUCUUUCUGCAAGGGAGUUAAGAGGUCUUGACGAUCCAACCGUCAUCAAACCUAAAUUUGAUUUUCCUACAGAUCGUUUGCCUUGGGAUAGCCAAAGCCAUGGCAAUUUAACGCUUGUUGAAGUUCAAGAGUCAUCGAGUCUAAUGAAAGAGACGAAAACAGUAUGGAAGUCUAGGAAACUGGGCAGGGAUCAAGAGAAAGGAACACAAAACCGGUUUAGAAAACACGCGAACUUGUUCUUCUACCCAUUGGCACACGGUUGGCUCAAUGGUAUUGAAGUGGGUACAUACAACCAGCUUUUCAAGUCACAUUAUUUAACCACAUUGCGUAUCAUAUAUUCUUGCGCCGAUCCAGUCCAUGACUUUGACGCUAUGACUCAAUUGAUGGAUCAAGUAGUGAGUCUAGCAAUAGAAGAGGGAGUUCCCCUCAACCAGAAUCAGUAG